AUGAGUCCAUACAUUUUCGGAGUCAUCCUCCCUCUCCUCGUCACGCUCAUCGUCCGUAACAAGAACUCUCCCAAGCGCCGCGGCGUUCCGGUUGAAACCGGGGGUGAACCCGGUCUGACAAUCCGCAACCGCCGGUUCGAGUCCCCAGUCCAGAGCGCAUGGGAAGGAGUCACCACGCUCGCUGAGCUCUUUGAAGAGGCGUGCAAAACGCACGCCGAGGGGCUCUUCCUCGGUACGCGCGUCAUACUGGCGAGGGAAUUGGAGAGCGGAAACGACGGCAGGUCAUUCGAGAAGCUUCACUUGGGAGAGUACAGCUGGCUCUCCUACGACACCGUCUUCGAUGUCGUUUCGGGCUUCGCCUCGGGGUUGGCCUUCCUCGGACAUGCCAGGGAGGAACGCGCCGCCAUCUUCGCUGAUACGCGCCAGGAGUGGUUUAUGGCGCUUCAGGUUCUGCUACUGCCUAGCUAA